AAACAUAGUUAGAGCUACGAGCAUAAGGGGCGCUGUUACAUCGAAUGCUUGCACAAUGGUGGUUUUGGUUCAUCGUUUGUUUCAUAAUGUGCCUGUUUAAAGGAGAUUCAUAAAAGUGAAAACUCUUAUCUGUCGAAUCAGUGAGCUGACCUGUAUGAACGUGAAUACACAGUAGUGAUGAGCUCGUACACAUUCUCACAGAAAGUAGUUACGCCCAUACCACCGGAUAAAGGUAGUUUUCCACUGGACCAUGAGGGUAUCUGCAAGAAGCUCAUGAUCAAAUAUAUGCGCUGCCUGCUCGACAAUAAGAACGAGAACACAAUGUGUCGAGACAUCAUAAAGGAUUACCUUGCCUGCCGAAUGGAUAACGAGCUUAUGGCACGAGAAGACUGGUCCAAUCUUGGUUUCUCCGACGAGGUCAAGGAGACAUAACAGCAGCGAUUUAUUACUAAUCGAUUGCCGCCGCGUUCUAGAUCGCCGCCUCUUAUCUGUAACACUUGAUCGGUAUUUACGGACUUUCUCGCUGGUCACAUUCUCGUUUCACUCCCACGAAUUUUAUGAGUGUAUUAUAUUUACAAAUUUGUAGCAGCGUAUAAACUUGUGUAUAUACAUUACGAAUAUAUUAUUGAUAAUGUACCUAUUCUAUGCAUACGUCAACUCAAAAUGACUCGCGAACGACGAUAACUCGACGAUUCGACGCUAUCGACAGAGAAUUUUGUUUUCAAUGUAAUUUUAAGUCGGUCAAGUAAGUAAAGCGAUUUCAGUGCAGUGAAGGGACUUGAUAACGAAUUGUUAAAUACUUAAAGCAAAGUUGUUCAAAAACAAUGAUGCAUUUAAUAUAAAAAAAUUUAGGAAGA